AUGUACGUCGACACGGAAAAAGAGCAUACAGUAGAUCAGAAAUUAACCUCCGACGUUCCAAAGUAUGCAUUCCAACUGCAUGCAGUCGAGGCAGAAGCUUCAAUUGUUUUUGCCUCAUGCAUGUAUGCAUAUUUGGGAGAGGAACAAUCUGAUGAAAAAGAAAUAAUCAGAAAUGCGAACAAAAAGGGCAUUGAGAUUUUAAGCAAACAUCUGGAAGGGAUGAUGUCCACCUAUCGACCACCAUUAAUGUGGAGGAAUUUUAUUUCAAAGACUCACCUUGGCUACACCUAUGGUUAUCAUUUCGUCACUGUAGCCCUCAAUUCCCCUUGA